AUGUUGUCUUUGAGUGGAAGCUACUGGUGGAGAAAUACACUUUCUGUGAGAUGGAGAGAAGCUAGCCUGCUUGCCUGUUGGCUUUCAUUUUGUGCAGCAGAGUCUCUCGCUGUUUGUCCCUCCUCUUGCAAGUGCAACAGCGGUACUCUGGAGGUGGACUGUAGUGGUUUGGGCCUUUCAUCCAUCCCUGUGGACAUUCCUACAAACACCAGGACCUUUCUUUUCCUCAACAACCAACUAAGCACCUUGCCAGGACAAGCUUUUUCCAAUCUUUCUGCUCUCCAGAGACUGGAUCUUUCAAACAACUUCCUAGACCAACUUCCUGAGAAUGCUUUCAGAGACUUAGUGAAUCUCACUCAGCUACAGUUGAGGAACAAUAGCAUCAGGAGCUUGGACAAAGACCUUCUCCAAAACACUGCUCUUCUGCGUCAACUGGACUUGUCCAUCAAUGGCAUUGCUCAAAUCCCUUCUGGCAUCUUUGAUGAUCUGUCCUCUCUCCGCUGGCUCUCCCUCAGGUCAAACCGCCUGCAAAAUUUGGACAGGGUGACUUUUGAGCCAUUAGUUAGCUUGCAGCAGUUGCAGGUGGGAGACAACCCAUGGGAAUGUGACUGCAACCUGAGAGAUUUCAAAUACUGGAUGGAAUGGUUUUCUUAUCGAGGAGGAAAGAUCGACCAGCUGGCAUGUACCCUGCCUAAGGAGCUGCGGGGGAAGGACAUGCGCAUGGUGCCCAUGGAGAUGUUUAACUACUGUUCCCAGCUGGAGGAUGAGAACAGUUCUACAGUUCUGGACAAUGUUGGCCCUCCUUGCAGUAAGGGAACCCCAACUGCUGCCAAGCCUAAAACAAGUCUGGAAGCAGAAGAGGAGCCCAGUGUGGGUUGCCCCCAGAAACAAAGGUACAGGCCUGUCAGUGUGCGCCGGGCCAUUGGCACAGUCAUCAUAGCAGGGGUGGUUUGCGGCAUCGUGUGCAUCAUGAUGGUAGUGGCAGCAGCAUAUGGCUGUAUCUAUGCAUCUCUCAUGGCUAAGUAUCAUCGGGAACUGAAGAAGAGGCAGCCAUUGAUGGGAGACACGGAAGGUGAGCACGAGGAACAAAAGCAGAUCUCUUCUGUGGCAUGA